CUUCGUGAAUCACCUCAUGUGUUUUUGGAUACUUAACUAGCUGCCAAUUCUAUCUAAACCUACUUUCAACCGAACCAAACAGUUGCGCUAUUAUUGCGCUAUACAUUUUUUGUUAUUUAAUCAUUGAAAUAAUUAAUAUAUAACAAUGUUUAGAAGCGUGGACUCUGAGGAACGUUUCUCAAAGGGGACGACCCCCAUUAACAGACUCGAUGCAGCAAGAGAAAAUCUGGCAAGCCCGUGGAUUGGGAUGUUCUCAGCAUGGUCGAGGCCACUAUGGUCAAUUCUUAACAGGUAUUUGCCUGGCAGGGCACAUGCAAUGUCCAGUGAAGAUGGAAAGUCCAUUGACUUUGGGCUUUCUCUAGUUCCAGGAUUUGAUAACAUCAUGCCAGCUGGCCAAAGCUCAGCUCACCUGAGUAUAGACUGUAUUUGCUGUCAGGACAAGAAAACCAGGUUUAAUUCCUUAGGCGAUACAGGAAGCCUCACCUUGUUGACCCAAGACUCUCUAAGCAAAUUAGGGAUCCAGAAUAUGGACCCUAAAACACAAACCCAAGCCCGGAUGAGAACCAGCUACCUCACAGCAGUGAAACAAUUACUAAGCCAGGGUUUCUUAAAUGUGGCCUCUACGCAAAAAGAAGCGACGCAGUCCAAGUUGGACGACUGGUCCCAGGAUCCGUCAAUAAAAACCACCUAUUUCGGGUGGUGGGACGGAUUUGGGGGAUCAGGCGAAACUCUGCCCUGUUUGUACCAGAUUAGAAUGUCGACUGAUGUCAAAACAAAGUCGCUGCAUUGCCGAGAGCAUCAUAGUGACCAGGGGUCAACGGGUGCAGCGCCCGAGCCUAUAGAACUGUUGGUGCUCAGCAACAAGGUAGAAUGGAUGCUGCCCGAAAGCGCUGGACCUUUAUGCUUCAAAGGGUCAGACAAUGAAAGCCUCCACGCGGCCAGGCUGGAAUCCCUCGCGAGGCUGUCGUCCGCUCACGAACACGUUGUUGAGCUUCAAGUUGGUACAAGGACUGCCGCCGCCUGCAGCGAGGUGGCAGUUCUGACACCAGAUCAGGACAAUGGAUACUCCAGUUUGGAGGAUGAAUUGUCCAACAUGAGGCAGAGCAAUAUGAAUAUUUGUGAGCAGUUGCUAGAAAACGACAGUACUGCUUGUGCUUCUGAUGCUGGUUGUCAUGGGAAUGGAAGCAACGGGGGCAAACCUGAUGAAAGUUCUAAGCCUGACAUGGAUGAGAACAAAGUGGAAGAGCAGGAGCAAACAGGACAGAGCUCGGUGGAGCUUAGUAGUGUAAACGAGGCCUCGCCAGUUCAACCCACUUAUCAGUGUCAGAACAAGGCGAUCGCUUACAUUCUGGGCGGCCCCUGCAGCGACGAGUCAGACUCGGAGGACGAAAGUGACCAGGACGACGACGGCUUCGACAGCGAGGACUCGUCCGACGUUUCUGACGACUCUGAGGAUGAAGGUGACACCGAUGUGGAUGAGGACGAUGAGUCUGAUGAACUUGACCCUGAGAGCGAAAGACUGUGGAAUUCACUGUGCCAAACCAAGGACCCCUACGACCCUCGCAACUUCACGGCCGCCGUAACGACGUCUCCGAGAUCCAGAGACGCAGAGGCCGAGCCGUCGCCUUCAGGGUCCUCCGCAGAGCCCGCGACAGGACCCGAGUCUUUCCUGAGUUCCUCCCCAUCAUCCUGCCCUUCACCCCUCGGACCCCAGGGAAGCGAGGAGUUGAGCGAGGAGGCCUGCUCGUCGACGGACGAGGCCGAGAGCCUGAGACUCUGGAACUCUUUUAGCUGCUCAUCAGAUCCUUACAGUCCCCUCAACUUCCAGGCACCUAUCAGGACUUGCAAGACAGCCAGGGUUUGCGCUAAGAAACCGACGUCUGGCGGGAAUCUGCGCUAUAGGAAAGAGGAGGCGGAGGAGAGGAUGGACAGCGGCUUCUCCGAGUGUUACAGGGUGAAAAAGGUGACUUUCGUGGAAGAGGUGGAGGAGUUCUACGCCAGCAGCGACGAAGAGCGGCACGGCCCGUGGGAAGAGUACGCCCGCGACCGCUGCCGCUUCCGGCGUCGCGUACAGGAAGUGGAGGAGAGCAUCGGCUACUGCCUGGCCCCCACCUUCCGCCUGCUCACCUUUCAGAGACUCCAUCCUAGUAGCUGAUUUAUGUUCUAUGUUUUCGGUUUGGUGUUUAAUGGCUGAUUGUGAUUUUUCUUUUUAAUGCAAAUGACUUUAAAUAUAUAUAGUUUGUUUAUUUUAAGGUAAAAGAGCUUGAAGUGCUUACCCUUACUCUGGUUUUCAAUUAAAGGAGCAAGUUGGUUGUUAGGAGGUUAGUCAGUUAAUCAGGGUGUUUAAUGUCUAAAUGUUAGAGCUAUCAAAUUGCAUCUGUGUACGCAUUUCACAUCUGAAACUGUGUAUCUAAAUCACACACCGAGUCACAUGAUGCAGAUCCAUCGUUUUUGUUUUGGUGAGGUUCAGGGUAUGCAGUGAUCGAAAGCAUCCCUAAAUAAGUGGAUUUUUUUGAUACCCAAUGAAGGAAACAAUAGCUCACCUGUUAUUAUCUACAUUAUAAAUGUAAAAAUGCUCCAAAUGCCAAGUCACUUACGCACUAACUACUCUUCAACAUUAAAGCGAGACACUAAAAUAUGUGUGAUCCUUUAAACUCGCCAUCUUUGAAGUAUUACAGCAACAGUAUUCAUUUUGCCAUCUGUAGUGUUCGCAUAUUCUGUUGCCUUCACAUACUCACGGGAAUUCGCUCAUGCUGUGUUUAGACAGGCGGGGAAACUUGUCCCUGUUUUAAAAUAUACUUCACACUUUUUGAAUGAAAACUGAAUCAUUUCCCUGUGUUAGAAAUUGUGUCCAAGCUUCAAGAAUGCCAGAGCCAUCCAUCCCUGGGUGUUCAAGAUAGCCAAAUGGUGCAGCUCAAUUUCAGUGACUCGUGGCAGCCAAUACCAGGUCAUGUAUUUAAAAAGGGCAGCAGAUAGGGCUUUUCUUUCAAAACAGUUUAAGAUCGCGUCUUGAAGGGGACGGAUUGCAAGUGCUUACUUUAAGCUGACGGACUAUAGAACCUCACAACAUCACGACAACAGCUGUAGAAACCCUGUGGUCCAGAGUUCGCAAAUUCAAAUCCCAACGAUACCAUAGCGUCCAUAAACAGGAAUCCGAAAGGGCUAAACUGCUGUUUUUUGGGUGGGCUAGAGGUUUCAUUAGUCUACUGAAGACUGAAGUUAGCAGUCUUUCUUAAGAGUGUUUAUAUGAUCUGCAGAUUGGUGAUUGAUUGGCUAGUUCCAGGAAGCGGUCAAAUGCGCUCUCCUACCACCAGUGAGAUCUCAAGAUUGAAUCAUGAGAGCUGGAUGGGCAUCCAGUAGUCACAUAAGCUGUGCCUGAGAGAGGGAGGUUGGUGGAGUUCCUCAAGGCUGCUGCAACUGUGGCCUUUGCUGGAUGGGCAUCCAAUAGUCACAUAGGCUGUGCCUGAGAGAGGGAGGUUGGUGGAGUUCCUCAAGGCUGCUGCAACUGUGGCCUUUGCUGGAUGGGCAUCCAAUAGUCACAUAGGCUGUGCCUGAGAGAGGGAGGUUGAUGGAGUUUCUCAAGGCUGCUGCAACUGUGGCCUUUGCUGGAUGGGCAUCCAAUAGUCACAUAGGCUGUGCCUGAGAGAGGGAGGUUGAAGGAGUUCCUCAAGGCUACUUCAACUGUGGCCUUUGCUGGCUGGGCAUCCAAUAGUCACAUAAGCUGUGCCUGAGAGAGGGAGGUUGACGUUUCUCAAGGCUGCUGCAACUGUGGUCCUUGCUGGCUAGGCAUCCAAUAGUCACAAUGGGCUCUGCCUGAGCGAGGGAGGUUGCUGUUUCUCAAAACUGCUGCGACUGUGGCCUUUGCUGGCUGGUCAAGGUGACUGCAUGAGCACUGUGUGCUACUCUGGAUGUGAUACUCUUGACUUUGAGAAUUCCAGAGUGGUGGAACACUAAAACAUUCGCCUCUGGCUUUGUAGCUAUUACACCUCAAACUCUCCUCUCUUGGUGAUGCUCAAGUUAUUGAGGGCUAACUCAACCUUCUCUCUGUUAGGAAGGAUGGCAUUCUUGGUUUAUUUGAGAGGGGCAUUAGCUGUCCAUUGGCACCUCUAAGCUUGUGAGAAGUAAAUUGCAAUCUGGGUGAUGGCAUAUUCCAAUUUUUUCCUUGUAGAAUCAAAUUAAAGCGCCAACAAUAGCAUAACCAGCAAAUACCAAUGGGGAAUGCCAUCUUUAUCGCUCAAAAAUUCUAUUUUGUAUUUUGUAGUAUUUCUACUAUGAUGCUACGCAUAUUUUAUGGAAGUCAUGGGAGGUCUGGUUUUACUGGGAACCACUAGGCAAGGCAGGAAAUUCCUGGACAGGGUGCCAAUCCAUCGUAGUCUUUUGCAGGGCAUCCCCCUCAGACGUAGCCAGUUAUGCCAAACCUGAGCACAGUUACAGGUAACUAAAACAAGAAACUUUUUUUUUCCAAAAGUCAAUAAAUAUAUAAAACCUUUAUAAACCCGUCAGCUUCCCCAGCCUGUCUAAACGUAGCCCGUCUUAAUUCCUCUAUUAACCUUUAAGCCAAAGAUAAUCACUUCUGUCCUGGAUCACUAAGAUCACCAAGUGUUUAGCCAUGCAACCCACUGAAAUGAACACUAGCUGCACCAGCUAAACACCAGCGAAAACCUAAUAUCUAUAGGCUAAUAAUAUCUACAGGUUCAGUUAGAACGCUAGGUUUUCUGCUCUGUCUCUGCAUGGUCCUAUUUAGCUCUGAACUUCUACCUUGUGUCGUCUUUGAAUCCCGCUUGAGUUUCCAGUGCUUGAAGAUCACUGUGGCGUGUGUAGGUGUCUCUAGCCGGACGUCGCGUCUGUGGCAGCUGUAACCGAGUGGGUGAACUCUGUGUGUGACUUAAACGAGAAAUGCAGGGAAUAAAACGCAUGAUUAACGUAAGAACAUGAUUGAUGUCAAAGAGUAGGGUUGCUUUAAUUAUUGAAUCAUAUUAUUUUUGUAAAACAUUAAGGAGUGUAAUUAAUCUGCAGUUAAUAUUGGGUUUGUGACAUGUUUAGUUAAGUAUAAAAUAAUAAAGCUAAUAUUUAAAUAUUG